GAUGGUAACAUGUAGGCUUGAUUAUAAUGCAGUCUCAGUAAUAGAGCUAUUAAACAGACAGAGAGGUUUCCCCCAGCGGUCUUUCUCCUCCUCUUGUGUCAGAUUGGAGGUGAUCUAGCUGUCUCUUUCUGCCUCUCUUUCUUUCUCUCUGUCGGACUUCCAGCAGCGGAUGUCCUUCUUCUUCUUUCCCCCCCCGCGGUGAGGCUGCUGCUGGAUGGAUAGACUCAGCAUGGCGGAGGAACCGGAGGGGAACAACCGGCUCCUGCAGGACGUGCUGGUUAGACCGGGGAACGGAACAUGUGCGGACUGCGGCAAUCCAGUGAUUGGCCACAGAGGCUCCGGUUCGGGCCGUUUGCCCAGUGUUUUGGAGCCGAUUCGCCCAGGAUGCUGUUCCUCGGCCCUGGUUACGGCUCCUCUGAGGACUGGCUGUUGGGGAGCAGAUUUUGGAGCCAGAGGCACUCGAACAAAGAAAUGAGAUAGAACCGGAGUGGGCCUCUCUGACUCUCGGUGUGUUUGUGUGCCAGGCCUGUUCGCUCCUCCAUCGCAGCAUCCCUCACAUCAGCCGGGUCAAAUCUGUCCAGGAAACGUGGGAUGCCAGUGAGGUGGAGUUAGUCGCUUCCACUGGAAACAAUGCAGCCAAGGCCAAAUAUGAGCAGAAGGUUCCUGCUUUCUACUACAGACCAAUACACUCCGACUGCAAGAUGCUGAGAGAGCAGUGGAUCAGAGCCAAGUACGAGAGGAACGAGUUUGAGUUUAUCGAAAAACAAGAGCCUUACUCUGCAGGGUACAGAGAGGGUUUUCUGUGGAAACGAGGACGAGACAACGGUCAGUUCCUCAGCCGAAAGUUCAUCCUGUCGGAGAGGGAGGGGGCGCUGAAGUACUUCAACAAGCAGGACGCCAGGGAUCCCAAAGCGAUGAUGAAGAUCGAGACCCUGAACGCCACCUUCCAGCCGGCUAAGAUUGGAAACCCGUGUGGUUUGCAGAUCACCUACCUGAGAGACAACAGCACAAGGAACAUCUUCGUCUACCACAGCGAUGCUAAGGAGAUGGUGGACUGGUUCAAUGCUAUCAGAGCGGCCAGGUUCCAUUACCUGCAGGUGGCCUUCCCCGGAGCCAGUGAUGAGGAGCUGGUGCCUAAACUGACCCGAAGCUUCAUGAAGGAAGGAUUUAUGGAGAAAACCGGUCCAAAGCACACAGAGGGCUUUAAGAAGAGGUGGUUCACCAUGGAUGACAGGAGACUCAUGUACUUCAAAGACCCUCUGGACGCCUACGCCCGUGGAGAGGUGUUCAUCGGCAGUAAGGAGAACAGCUACACGGUGCUCUCCGGCCUGCCCUCCUCCACGCAGGGACACCACUGGAGCCACGGCAUCACCAUCGUCACGCCCGACAGGAAGUUCCUGUUCGCCUGCGAGACCGAGGCCGAGCAGCGCGAUUGGAUAUCGGCCUUCCAGAGGGUCAUCAACCGACCAAUGAGGCCGCAGGAAUACGCAGUGGAGGCCCAUUUUAAACACAAGCCUUGAAGACUGCAGUAAGACAAAACUCAGCGAAGUCUCAUCCAGAUCAGAGACAAUCCCAACGUGUGACCUGAGACCAUGUGGGGAGGAAGUGGGGAUACGAAAAUGAAAAUAAAGAGACAAAGGGACUGGAGCCUAUCUGUGUGAAGAAAACUUGAACUCAAAUGGGACUGAAGGCCCAGAGGGUAGAUGAUGUCAUCACUACGCGCCUACCAAACUCGUGCUAAACAUUACCAACUUCCCCUUCUCUCGUCUGGUUCAUCCUACCUGUAAUCUAAUGUAAUUAUGUAAUCUAGAGUCAUUUCACUGGUUGCUUAUAACAAAGACAAUGCAUUGUUAAUUUAUUGAAUGUACAGUUUUGAUGACAGUGGCUUAAAAUGUGUGUGUGUGUGUGUGUGUGGAGUUUUCUGUUGAGGAUGCUGUGAGGUUGAACCUCUGGCACUGAGAGCCUGUUGAAAAACCUGAACCUACAAAGUGCUGUUAACAACAAAUAUGCAUAAAAACACACACCUGAAAUCUCUCAGUGAUCACCGUGGCUGUUAAGGUGGCCGAAGGGUUCUUUAAAACCUCCAUGUUCUCUUAUUUAUUCGUACCGUCGGACAUAUCAUCGUAGACAGUUGUUGCUGCUUUUAAAAAGGAUUGUAAUGUGACAGGAUUGUAAUUUAUACAACACUUCUACUCUGCAACUGGUUUGUUUGACCAUCUGGUUUUGAAGACACGUUGUUGUGUUGAACCUUAAAUCACAGUGACAAGUUUGUUUCAUUAUAAAAAAACUUAACAUGAAUACAGAUGAA